GCCGUCCUCACCCCUAAAUAAAAAUCCCACCUUUAGCAGCGCCGCCGCCUGACAAGAUGGCUGCGUCUCCCGCUCGUUGGCCAUGCUUGUGUCCAGGCGGGGUACGGUACCUCCCUACGAGGUGCGUGGAUCCAGCGCCAAGUUGCCUGAUCCAGGCCUGGGCGCGCCCCGUCGUCGGCCAUGCCUGCGAGGUCUCCCGGCGAGGCGCCUGCUUCCAGGCCGGGCCCAGGCAGCGAGGUGCCUCCUGGCGGGGUGCCUGAUCCAGGCCUGGCGCGGCCAGCGAGGUCUCCCAGCUAAGUGCCGCCGUUGAGAUGGCGGCAGCACUAGCUGAUCCAACGAUCCCUAGCGCCUCCCGCAGCUCUGGAACCGCUGGCCCGGAGAAGGGCGGCGGCUGCCAGAAUUGCUGAUCCGGCCAGGGCGGCGCUUCAGGAAAACACCCCAUCCCCUGCCGCAGUUAUUAACCCUGAGGUACCCUGUGAUAACACGGUUGUUCUCGUAGCUGCUGUUGGGGAAUCUUCUACUUCUGAUAUGACUUCUGUGCAAAACAUUGAAACGCUGUUCCAAGUCGGGGAUGGUCGCUGGACCAAAGAUAAAGUGGCCCAGGCACUAGGGGCUGCCAAUAAUAGCCCGAACAGAGCAGCUACAUUGUUAUCCUCUGCUCCUGGUCAGGCGAAUGUUCCAAAGAUAGCUUCUUUAAUCAUAUCUGAAUCAAAAGUGCCAGAGGCUCCAGACUUUCCGGGCCCAAGCAGUCUUUCAAGUCCAGAACAACCCAUUCUAAAGAAACAGAAGAAAGUAGCUAAAUCAACAGGUGUGCAAAUCCCGUCAACUGCCCUACUAGCCUCAUCAGACGUGAGUGAUUCAAGCAGCCCAAGUUCAAAGCAGGUUGAUGGAAAGAAACCUAAAAAAGUUAACACAUGUGCAAGGUGUAGAAGACAGAAGCAAGGUUGCAAGGACUGUGUCUUUGCUGAUGUCUUCACGACAGAGACGCAAUCAGAUUAUGACAAGGCAUCUGAACUAUUUGGAAUCAAAAGCAUGCAAAAUCGCCUGUCCCUCGUCCAACCCCAGGAUAGGCUACAGGUUCGUGAGGCCAUCAUGUGGAGAGUGGCAGCUUGGGCUAAUGACCCCCUCCAUGGCCCCUUGGGUCGCUUCAGGAACUUGGAGAGGGAGGCUGCAGCAGCUGCAGCAUCAGCAGCAGCAGCAAGAUUAGCUGCUCGUUCCUUGUUAACAAGUUCAUACUAAAUCUCAAGAGGGAGGCUGCAGACUUGAGGCAACUGCUGCAGCAGCUGCAGCAUCAGCAGCAGCAGCAAGAUUAGCUGCUUGUUCCUUUUUAACAACUAAGAAGCACUCGACUAUAGUACUUUGCCAUUUGCUACUUGUUCAUAUUAAAUCUCAAUUAGCAAAAAAGUGAUAAUUUCAAAUAUUCGGUUAUAGAUGACCCUUGUUAAUGUUGCCUUGUUACAGUUUCUGGGAGUGCUGAUGCUCAAGGGAGCAAAGUCUCAGCCUUUUGUGCCA